AUGGCGGAUGCACUACUUGGUCCCGUUGUAGAAGUUCUAGUGGAGAAGGCAAUACAUUUGGCUUCUGAACAAAUUGGCCGGUUUGUUGCAUUCAAGAAAGACUUGGAGAAACUGAGGGAUACGUUGACUCUGAUCCAGGCUCUCCUUCAUGAUGCAGAGGAAAGACAGGUGACUCAACAAUUCGUGAAGCUUUGGCUGGAGAAGCUUGAACGUGUGGCUUUCGAUGCUGGUAAUCUGUUGGAUGACAUCAACUAUGAGAUGAUCCGGCGCAAAGUUGAGAUUCAAAACCAAAUGAAGAGGAAGGUAUGCUUCUUCUUCUCACUCUCCAAUCCCAUUGCAUUUCGUUGCAAAAUGGCCUGCAAGAUUCAGAAAAUCAAUAUGGAUUUGAAAAGAAUCAAUGAAGAAGCAAGGAACUUUGGCCUCCAGCCACAGACUGGAGCUACAGAUGCGCCUCGUGUUCUUCCUCCUCCCAAUGUAGGAGGAUUUAUAAAGAACAGAGAGAGUGACUCUGUUGCUGUUGAUACGGGUUUCGUUGGAAGAGAAAAUGAUGUCUCAGCAAUAGUAAAAAUGUUGACUGCCCCAAAUAAUAAUGACACUAUCUCCGUUCUCCCUAUAGUAGGGAUGGGCGGGAUCGGGAAGACUACAUUGGCUCGAAAUGUUUUUAAUGAUCCAAAGAUUAAAGAACAUUUUGAGAAGAGCAUGUGGGUAUGCGUGUCGGAUGAUUUCAAUGCCAAUAGGCUUUUUAGGUUGAUGCUAGAAUCAUUGGAAGCACCAAUGACCGGAGUUGAGGGUAAGGACGCCAAAGUCAAGCGGCUUAAGGGCUCAUUGGAUGGUAAAAGGUAUCUACUGGUCUUGGACGAUGUUUGGAGUAAGGAUUCCGUACUAUGGAAUGACUUUCUUGAGUCUUUGAGGGGUACUAGCCCAGCCAUGGGGAGCUGGAUUCUUGUGACCACUCGUGAGCGAGAAGUGGCAACCAUCACGAGAAUUUCUUCUCCUCAAGAUUAUUCCUUGGAACAAUUAUCAGAUGAUCAUUGUUGGCUCAUUCUCAAAGAAAAUGCAUUGGGUGCUAGGAAAGUGCCAACUAGACCGCAAGAAGAUAUAGGUUUGAAGAUUGCAGAAAAAUGCCGAGGCUUACCAUUAGCUGCAAGCGUUCUCGGGGGCAUGCUGCGCAACAAGGAAAUAGGUGAAUGGCAGAAAUUAGAGAGUGGGCUUCAAAGAGGUGAAAAUAAUGGCAUUGAUGAAAUUUUGAAGUUGAGCUUUGAUCAUCUGCCAUAUCCAUCUCUUAAAAAAUGUCUUGCGUAUUGUUCAAUUUUUCCCAAGGAUUUUGAAAUGGAAAGGAAUCAACUGAUCCAACUUUGGGCGGCAGAAGGAUUUCUUUAUUCAAAUCCAAGAAACAAUAAUAUGUGUAUGGAGGAAGUUGGCAACAUGUACUUUACCAUUUUGUUGGAUAGUAACUUGUUUCAAGAUGCAGAGGAGGAUGAGCAUGGGAAUGUUGUGAAUUGCAAAAUCCAUGAUCUUGUGCAUGAUAUGGUGCAAUCCAUUUCCAGUUCUAAAACUUUGAGGUUGACAGAGUCUGGAAGUGAUGACCAGGGGACGUUUCCCAUCCAGUAUCUUGCACUAGAGAGAAGUGAAAAAGAAAUGCCAUUUCCUCCCUCUGAAAGGUUCAAGUGUAUUACAACAUUAUUUUUGUUGGAAGACAGAUCACUUAAUGAUAGAGAGAUAUCAUUUUUUAUGUUGCGAGUUUUGAGCUUAAGGUCAUCAAGUGUCGAGGAGCUUCCUAAAUCAAUUGGGAAGCUAACUCAUUUGCGGUACCUUGAUUUAUCCAGACCUUCAAUCAAAAUAAUGCCAGACUCUCUUUGUCGACUUUAUCAUUUGCAGACAUUAAGAGUUGAAGGUUGCAAAUCAUUGACAAAGUUUCCAGAAAAUUUCACGAAUUUGGUGAAUUUGAGGCACUUUGAGGUGCGAAAUUGCACAAACUGCAAAGAGUUACCAACUCUUGGGCACAUGUCCUCCCUCAGAUCUCUUCACUUGGAAAGUCUUGAUGGCAUAACAAGCAUAGGACCUUCUUUUUAUGGAGAAUCAACCAUACAUAGUGGAAGCGGCAGUCAAAGUCCCCUAAAUUUGUUUCCAGCACUUGAACAUUUCAGUCUAAGGGACACGCUCAAUUUGACUGAAUGGACGGAAGCAGAAGUUGAUGAUAGAGAAUUGAUGGUAUUUCCUGUCCUUGAGACGAUAGAGAUUGAAGAUUGCCCCAAACUAGCAACUUUUCCAAGUCAUUUUCCAAGUCUCAAGAAAUUGCACAUCCAGUCGACUAAGAAUGGGUCAGCAGUAAUGAAAUAUAUUCGCAGCAGCGGAGUUAGCACUCUCACUGUUCUUAGCCUUUUGUAUGUGACUGGGUUCACCGAGCUACCAAAUGUGUUAUUUCAAAACAAUCCAAAUCUUGCAUAUCUCCGGUUAAACAAUCUUGAUUUGACCCAUUUCUUGGAUUUUCCGUCUGAUGUUCCUCAAACUUUAGAAGGUCCAAAUUCCCAAACAGUGCUUGAGUUGAGCCAACCACACACUUGUAUUGACAAUAGUGCUACUCAACGUUUGGUUGGUCUUGAGUCCCUUGAGAAAUUACAUGUUCGAUUUUGCAAUUCACUCAAGUCGAUUUCAAUCCCCAAGGGAGACAAGUACCUCACUGCCUUGCGAGGAUUAGAAAUUUCCGGGUGCGAUGGGUUGACCCACUUGUCCAUCCCCCAGCUAUCUGAGUCAGAGUGGGAUUCCACUUCUCCGCCCUCCCUCUCCGCUACUUCUCCUCCUCCUCCUCUUCUACCUCUCGAGAAAUUGAAAGUAGACUGCUGCCCCCAUCUGAUCUCCUUUCCAAUUGAUUUAACCCGAACACCUUCUCUCUCUUACCUAGACAUAGCACGUUGUCCCAAAUUAACGGACUUGCCCAAGGAGAAGCUUUGUUCUCUUACAAGCUUGAGAAACUUAUCGAUUGGACCAUUCUCAAAAACCACAGAGUUGCAUUCCUUCCUACACCUCUUUGAUGCUCUCCCACCACCGCACCCCUACUUCCCCUCCCUUUCAGAAUUAAUUCUGCGUGGAUGGUCUCAUUGGGAAUCUCUGCCCGAGCAACUUCAGCGCCUCUCUGCCCUAACAACUCUUUUUUUAAAAGAUUUUGGAGUGAAAUCAUUGCCCGAUUGGUUUGGGAAGCUUUCGUCACUUGAACAACUUAGGCUCUGGGAUUGUGAAAAGCUAGAGAAUUUACCCUCUCACCAAUCUAUGAGAAGCCUCACCAGACUAAGAUACCUGAAGAGUCACGGGUGUCCCCUUCUAGAGGAAAGAUGUAAACCAGAGAGCAGCAGUAGCAGCACCACCGAAUCCAAUUCUGAGUGGUCGAAGAUCUCCGGCAUUCCCGAAAUUGAAAUUGAUGAGCAGCAAAUCAGAAGCUAAUCCCCAUUUGAAGCUCAUGAAUAAUGUCAGUUUCCCCAAUUAAAGCUACUAGUCUGCUGAAUAACUGCUCCAAACGUAUCUUUCCUUGGUCCUCUUAAUUUCUGCUUUUCAGCUACUUUUUGGCUCAAAGAACACUCUGUGAACAGCAGAGUCAUUGCACAUAUUGAGGAACCUCUUCUAUAUCUGGCCUAGUUCAAGACCUCCCAAGAUUGAGGUCUUAACUAGCCUAGUUCAAAACCUCCUUCACAGUUGCACUAGAAAAAGUAAGCAGAAAACUUCCUUUGUUGGAGGGAUUUAUCUGGGCUCUCUCCCAAGAGGAAGAUUCUUGGACUUUAAUUCCAUAUAGAGAACGUUACAUUACAAUUCAGCGCGGUUUUGAGUCUAGCUUGAGAGUCUACUCUCAGAUUGAUAAAUUGUGGAAGAAUAUAUGAGGCUGACAACGACAGAUCAUUCUGGCUAGCUGCAGGGAUUCUCAUGCAUGAGGUUAAAUAACAGAGCUAUGGAUGAGCAAUACAUGGGAAAGCCACUGGUCGGAUUUUUAAGUUGUGAUGACAACUGCUGCAAAUGAGGCUUGUCAGCCCUUUUAAAGAAACAUAACCUAGUCGAAUUGAGAAGCUUUCGUCUGUUGAAGGGUUCUAAGUUGGCAAAUGCAAAAAGCUUGAGUGGUAAUCCUUCCACCAAUCCACCAGAAGGCUUGAGUGGAUAUAGGAUGCGUAUCUUUUGAUUUAUAGGGAUGAUGAUGUCACAAGGGGAGCUGCCCCAACAGUGAGUGAUGCAAGAGCUAUGAGAUUUUCUACUUUGAUCAUAUUCUAAUUGGAUGCUAAGUUGUCACAAUCUGCUUAAAUUCUAAGACAACUGAAGUCUACACUGAGUGUGUUAAUGAUUUAGUCAA